AUGUUCAUGUCAUUUCAAGACGUCAAUUUUUCCAUCAAUACACGCGCUGUUUGCAUUGGCAGUGGUCGAUUCCUGCGUACACUUUUAAUUCCAAUUUUUCAAGCUCUUGGUUCAACUGUCAUUGUAAUGCAAACUCGUGGUACAAAGUUUACAACAACUUGUACCAAUGACAAGGGAAAGUACGAGGUGGACACUAUUGAUUAUGAUGGACAAGUACACACAAGUGUCUAUCAAUUAGAAGCAGUAGGAUCUUUAGGUGUUUCUGAAGAUCGUAGAGCUUUUUUUAAACUUCCUGCUAAAUUACCACAGCUCAAGUACGUGGGCUUUGGAGUCACAGAAGCAGGACUACAAUCAAACACACAAGUUAUUCAAGAUCUGGCCAAAUUCUUGCAAGAGACUUUCAAGGCUAUUCCAAAGAAUGAUCUGUCCAUUAUCAAUACGGACAACUUUCCUAAUAAUGGUGACCAUAUUAAAAAGCUCGUGCUUGAGCUGGAUGGGAUCAAGGAUGAUGAUGCUGCUGCGUUUCGAACAUAUUUGGAUACCAAAGUGCACUUUCACAACACUGUAGUGGACCGCAUUACAAGCCACCGUGCUGGAGACUUGUUGGUGCCUCUUACUGAGCUGCUACCGACCAAGGCUAUUGUCAUUGAAGAUUUACAAAGAGUACUGGAUGCUGAUACUCUCCGGAAAAUACCGGGUGUCCACUUGCGCACUGAAAAGUCAGAAAUUGCCAAGGACUAUUUGCUCAAAUUCUCGUUGGGCAAUGCAGUGAACUCAGCUAUGGUAUAUCUACUGGCACUCUCGCGUCAACGGACAGCCAACCAGUUUGACAAGUUUCCGAUCAUUAGAGAGUACUUAGAUGCACUGUUUGAGAAGGACCUUUUGCCAGCAUUGGUUGCUGGUGGUGUGGCUGAAGAUGAAGCCCGCAAGUUUUAUGCGGAGUGGCUUGUGCGUAUGAAGCAUCCUCACUUUGGAUUGGACAACUUUUGGGUCGCUCAGAAUGCACUCGUGCGACUUUACGUGCGUCUUCUGAAUUCGGUAAAUAUUAACAUCGCUAGUGAGGAGAACUAUCGCCCAAGUAAGUUUAUGGCUUUUGCAGCAGCUGUUGCGUUGCGCUUCCUGACACCGUGGCAAGCCGAUUCAAAGCGCAACACCCCGACCAUCUUUGUUGGUCAAAUGAAUUCCAUCCAAGAUGUUGCGCCAAUCUUCUCGCUCACUGAGAAGACUUGGAGCUACGACACAGGUCUCGCUGCUAACCUCUCCACGGGCAAGUACGAGUUCGACGAUGGUGAGAAUGGUCGUGUAUGUCGACUGCUUUGGCGUGCGAAUCAACAGGUGCUUCGUGCAAGCAAGUGCAGCAGUCACGACUUUCCCAAUUCUGUGCGCGCCGAGUCUUCCUCUGAGGUUUCCAGCGGCGUCGGCGUCGCUGUUGCCAGUAUACUCAGCUCAGUCGAGGGCUUCGACCUCACGAACGACGCAUACGCUUCGUUUGCAGCUGACGUCGCAGCUCUGUACCAGCGUCUCGUGUCCGGCAAGCAGACGGCUCUUGAGACCCUCGACGACGUGCUGCGCAACCACCACACCAGCGAGUAUCUCGCUACCAAGGAGAAGGUCGUGACGUUCGUUCGUCAAGCCGUAGCCAGCGUCCAGAUCAUCGAUGUGCAUACGCACCUGUUCCCUCCGAGCCACGGCAAGCUCAUGCUGUGGGGCAUCAACGAGCUGCUCACCUAUCACUAUCUCGUGGCCGAGUUCUUGCAGACGGCGUCCGUGCAAGUAGAAGAGCUCAACUCAUACUCGAAAGAAAAGCAGGCCAGUCUCAUCUGGAAGCACCUGUUUAUCGACCGGUCUCCGGUGUCCGAAGCUUGUCGUGGUGUGUUGACGACACUACACUUGCUAGGCCUUGAUAAUCUCGUGGCGAAGCGUGACCUGCCUGCUAUCCAGGAAUGGUUCAAGCAGCAAGACGCCGAGGAGUACGUGGAUACGGUGUUCCGGCUGUCGGGUCUCAAGUAUGCGGUAAUGACCAACAUCCCGUUCGAGCCGGAGGAGGCUCGCCACUGGCUGGGCGAUCCAGCCACCAACACGCCUCCGCCUGCGUGGUCGCGCAAGUUCUUCCGCUCGGCGCUACGUGUGGACCAGGUCCUUCUUGGCGACUGGGUGUCCAUCGGUCCGACGCUGGACGUGUUCAAGCUACCACACACACUAGAAGGUGUACGCACGCUUCUGGAGAAAUGGAUCGACAUCAUGAAGCCCGAGUACUUCAUGUCGAGCGUGCCCAUUUCCUUCGAGUACCCGGAUGAGAACGCGUUUGGGUCUGGUACGAAUGAACCGCCGACAGGUGCGGAGCUGCUGCUGCAAGUGUUGCUGCCUCUGGCGGAAGAGAAGAAGCUGCCGAUCGCGCUCAAGUUUGACAGUGUGCGUCCUAUUAACGCUCGUUAUGGUGUAGCGGGUGACGGUGUAAAGCCCAGCAACGUGGACACGUUGAUCAAACUGUGCCGCAACUUUCCCAAAGUGAAGUUCUUGGCCACGUUCCUCUCGCGCGUGAACCAGCACGAGGUGACGGUGACGGCCAACAAGUUUGGCAAUUUGCACCUGUACGGCUGCUGGUGGUACUGCAACAACCCAUCGAUCAUCGAAGAGCUCACGCGAAUGCGUAUUGAGAUCCUCGGUACGGCGUUCACGAGCCAGCACUCGGACGCACGUGUACUGGACCAGCUCAUUUACAAAUGGAGCCAUGCACGCGAGGUGAUUGGUGAGGUGCUGGUGGACAUGUACAAGAAGCUGUUUGCAACAGGUUGGAAAGUGUCCAAGAGCGACAUUCAGCGUGACGUACAGAGAUUGUUUGGUCAGAGCUAUGAGGAAUUUAUGGAGAAGGACAUGUAA